GACCCGCCGCUCGUCGUCAACGCGCAGUCGCCCGGACUAUCCCGCCCCGACAGCGACGCCUCUGAACAGUAGUCGCUUCGCUUGACCCCUCCCCUCCCUCGCGGCCGCGCUCCUCGACCUCUCCCCGACGCAAAAUCCACACUCCAGGUAGGCAGCUCAGGCAGCGCACGCGGCACGCGCUCCCCUCCCUUCCCUUCCCCUCGCCUCGCCUGCCUUCCCAAACCCAACUCCACCCCCGUUCCGCUCGCGCGCCGCGCCAGGCUUGCCUGCCGGGCCGAAGCGCGCUGACCUCGCGCUCUCCCCUCACCCCAGCAGCAGCAGCACCCCACCGCGCCAGGUCCAGCCCCCGCCCCGGGCGCUGGCCGGCGAGGCCGGCGGCAUGAAGCUGCGGGCGCUCCUGGAGCGCCUGGCGCGGCCCUUCUCCUCCUCCUCCCGCCGCUCCUCCUCCGAGUCCCGCCGCGACAAGGAGGAGGAGGCGGACCUGGAGGCGAUCGCGGCGCGGGAGCAGCGCGCGUUCCGGUACGAGGCCCUGGCGGCGGCGACGCGGGGCUUCUCGGAGAAGAACCGGCUCGGCCAGGGCGGCUUCGGCCCCGUCUACCGGGGCCGCCUCGAGGACGGCCGCGACGUCGCCGUCAAGCGCCUCGGCGCCGGGUCGCGGCAGGGCACGCGGGAGUUCCGGAACGAGGCCACGCUGCUGUCCCGGGUGCAGCACCGGAACGUCGUCAACCUCAUCGGCUACUGCGCGCGCGGCGCCGAGGACAAGCUGCUCGUCUACGAGUACGUGCCCAACGAGAGCCUCGACAAGAUCCUCUUCCCCCCAGCCUCCGGCCACUCCAGCAGCAACAGCCACCGGUUGCGGCGCGCGGAGCUGACCUGGGCGCGGCGGCACGAGGUGGUGGUGGGCGUGGCGCGGGGCCUGCUGUACCUCCACGAGGACGCGCACACGCCCAUCAUCCACCGCGACAUCAAGGCCAGCAACAUCCUCCUCGACGACCGGUGGGUGCCCAAGAUCGCCGACUUCGGCAUGGCCCGUCUCUUCCCGGAGGCCGGCGACGGCCGCUCCCGCGUCCACACCCGCGUCGCCGGCACCAACGGGUACAUGGCGCCUGAGUACCUCAUGCACGGCGACCUCUCCACCAAAGCCGACGUCUUCAGCUUCGGCGUUGUGGUCCUCGAGAUCGUCUCCGGCCACAAGAACUCCGCCUUCGUCCCGCCGCCCGACUCCGAGGCCGACGGCCUCCUUGAAUAUGCGUGGAGGCUGUACAAGAAGGGUCGGAGCCUGGAGUUGCUUGACCCCGCCGUGAAGGCGUCAGCGGUGCCGGAGCAGGUGGAGCUGUGUGUGCGCAUCGGGCUGCUGUGCGUGCAAGCCGACCCGCGGCUGCGGCCGGACAUGAAGCGCGUGGUGAUCAUCCUGUCCAAGAAGCAGAGCACGCUCGAGGAGCCGACGAGGCCGGGGGUGCCGGGGUCGCGGUACCGGCGGAGGCCCCACGGCCUGCGCGGCUCGCACUAUUCCGUCGGGUCGUCGUCCGGCACCAGCUCGCCGUCCACGUCCGCGACAUCGCACGCAUCGGCGUCGGUGUCAGCGUCGAAUGCGAUGACGACGUCGAGCACGCACACCAUGCGGAGCCAUGGCGGCCUACCCUCGCACCGAGAAGAGCAGGAGUAGCAGCAGCAGGGCGCGCGAGCCCAACUGUACAGUUGUCAAUUCUUCCCCUUCCGUUUAUUCGUGCUGACAUUGUAGAGCAGGUAUAGUAUAGAUGGCAUGAUUGUUUUGCUAGCGGGUAGGAUCUAGUGAUUGGAUUUCAUUAGGAUGAUGGUUAAGAUGAGAAUGAAACUAUUGAUCGAUCCAACCGUGGUAGAUUCAGGAUUUGUGCAUAGAAAGAUGAGAGCGAUAAAAAUACCUUGUUUGUUCUCUCCAAA